AAGGCAAAGAAGAAGAAGAAGAAGAAGUUGACGGUGCAUUGCGUGUGACGUCAUUACGUAACGCAUGCGUGUCGGCGUCAGGACGUCAACCGUAAACCGCUUCACGCUGGAGCGGAGUUUACAUUUCCAACGCAUUAUCCACAACUCUCCAGAAAAAAAAAAACCCACAAUUGGAAUUCAGGAGUUACACUGUUAUUCCCCGGAUGAACCUGAUAAUGAUCAAGUUUUUGAAGAUCAUAAUAGGCACUGGCUUCAUUGUUUUUUUCAUCUUGGUUACGAUAGCGUCGAUCAGGACUCUGUCCCUGGACGUCAAUGCAGGACUUCAACUCGCACGCUGGGAAACGCCGAGUGAUAUUUCGCUUGAAAUAGACCACCGUAAGCGAGAGGAGCUGCUAACUCUCUUUAAGGAGGCCAUUCGCAUCCCCACUGUGUCUUUUUCACCCACGGAGAGCAACACGACUGCACUUCUUCACUUCAACUCGUUUCUCCGAAGAGCCUUCCCGACACUUUUUACCUCAGGCUUGGUACACCAUGAACUGGUGGCCAACUACAGCCACCUGUUUUGGGUCCCAGGAUCGCAGCUUGACCUGGUGCCGUACCUGCUGUUGGCUCAUAUCGAUGUGGUGCCUGCCACAGAGUCAGAUGGCUGGGUGGCUCCGCCUUUUUCUGCCCAGGAGAUAGAUGGUUUCAUCUAUGGUCGAGGGACGAUAGAUGACAAGAGCUCUUUAAUGGGUAUUCUUCAGGCCCUGGAAUACUUACUGAUUCAAGGCUAUGCCCCACAUAGAGGAUUUUACCUUGGUCUCGGCCAUGAUGAAGAAGUCAGUGGUUACCAGGGAGCCUUGAACAUCGUACGACUGCUAAAACAGCGCAAUGUGCGACUGGCGUUUGUCCUGGACGAGGGUCUCGCCGUGCUCGAUGGAGUCAUCAGCGGUCUCGAUGGACCCGCUGCUUUAAUCGGUGUCAGUGAGAAGGGCCUUGCCACUGUAAAGCUGAGUGUGUCCACUCUUCCCGGCCACGCUUCAAUGCCUUCCAGGGAGAGCAGCAUUGGGAUCUUAGCUGCAGCAGUCAAAAGACUUGAGGACAACCCUAUGCCCAUGUUAUUUGGUCAUGGACCUGAACGUGAAACAUUUGAACACCUAGCUCAUAAGUUUGGGCUACCUUUGAAGUUCGUACUGUCAAAUUUGUGGCUGUUUUCUCCACUUGUUGGCAGGUUUCUUGAACAAAAACCAGACUCAAAUGCCUUUGUAAGGACUACUACUGCAGUCACAAUCUUUAAUGCAGGCGUAAAGUUAAAUGUUAUGCCUUCUCUUGCUGAAGCGUAUGUGAAUCUACGAAUCCACACGGCGCAGUCAUUACAAGAGGUCAUGGACCUCAUCCAGUUUACAAUUGGGGACCACCGUGUAAAGAUAGAGCUCAUUGAGGGCUUCGAUCCUUUACCAGUCAGUUCAUCCGAUGACAAAUCUUAUGGCUUCCAGAUCAUCAAGAAAACUGUGUUGGACAUGUUUCCAACAGUAGCAGUCGCUCCAGGUAUUUGUGUUGGGAACACAGACAGUCGACACUUCAAAGAUUUGACCAAAGAUAUUUACCGAUUUGCCCCUUUGUGGUUUAAACCAGGGGAUGCAAAGAGGUUUCACGGCAUAAAUGAAAGGAUUUCCAGAAAGAACUACGAGGACCUCGUUUUGUUCUACUCCAGACUGAUCCAAAACUGUGACAUUCGGAAACUACCUGAGCCUCACACCUCUGUCCACGAACUCUAAACAAAAUCAUAUCCUUUCACUGCAAACAAAAUUGCACACACGUACAACCCCAAUUCCAAUGAAGUUGGGACAUUGUGUUAAACAUCAAUAAAAACAGAAUACGACGAUUUGCAAAUCA